UUUCACAGUACGGUGCACGAUUAGCAAGAAAUACAAAACGAUGGGUUGGGAGUGGAGAGACGAAUCCAACGAAACGAGUUCAUCGUUAGGAUCCACCGGCACCGGCGGGUCUGAAACCUCGAACUUUGAAUCGGGAGAUCGUUGUUCGACGAGAAGGAUCGUCAAAUCGCAGUGCAAAACCGAAGAGGUUGAGCCCGGGAAGUUUCUCAGGAAGUGCGAGAAGACCGAGCAGAUUCUCAAGGAUUGCGUCGGAAGGCCUGUUGAAGUGGUUAAAUCCACCACAGAAUACACUGAAGAUGAUAUCACAAAUGAGAUGGCAAAAGGUUCUUUUCCCUUGGAGUCAUCUGGCAAUGAACCCUUCAACUUUCCUGGAUUACGCAGUGACAUUGAAGCCAUUGAGCGGAGCGUGUUUGGUGGUCUGAAUCAAUUCCUUGAGGCAGCUGAAGAGAUGAAGAACGGUUUCUUUCAGGUUUUUGGGAACCCACAUCUUUAUGACAAGGAAUCCUCACCGUCCUUGAGGAGAGGAAUACCAAUCGAAGGCCCACCACUCGGAAGGGAUGCUCCUCCUCCAGCACAAAGAAAUGACGAAUCACCUUAUUCUGAUUUUGCUGGGCAGGUCAGAGAUGUUUGACCCCUAGUAGUGGACAAGUUUUUAGUGACUUUUGAGGUUAGAGAUGCUUCAAUACCCUCUUAAUUUUUGCCAGAACUAGUGGGAUCUUGUUUUAGAAUAGAAUUGUGUGAAUUAAUCUCCAAGUUUUCCUGUUCCUUUCACUUCAA